AUGAUUAGGAAAGUGAUAAAAGGAAGCGUGAUAACAGACCUCCUAGUAAAAAAUCCAAUUGAUGAUUAUGAGGUGCUAGAUUUUGAAUUCCUGGAUGAGCAUAUCAAUGUAAUAAGUGAGGAAACUGAGGGACAAAAUGAUGUAUGGAAGGUGCAUUUUGAUGGGGCAAUUAACCUCUCUGGUAAUGGGAUUGGGGCAGUACCGGUAUCCCCAGAUAGGAAAUAUUUCCCGGUGGCAGUCAAGCUAAGAUUCGAAUGCACCAAUAAUGUCAUAGAAUAUGAGCCCUGUAUGAGCAGUUUACAAGCUGCUAUUGAAAUGAAAGUAAAGAAAUUGGAAGUAUAUGGAGACUCAGCCCUGAUAAUCUACCAAGUAAAGGGAGAAUGGCAAACCAAAGACCCAAAACUAGUCCCUUAUCAGAAGUAUCUCCUAGAAUUGAUCAAGAAGUUCAAAGAAAUCUCCUUUACACAUUUGGGUCAUGAUAAGAAGUAUUUUGCUGAUGUUUUGGCUACGCUAGUAGUUAUGACUCAAAUGGAGGAGAGGCAAGAAGUGUAG